CUGGUCAUCAAAUCAGAAAGUUUACAAACAUCUUAAGCAUAGCAGCAAUCAAACUUGUCUUUCUCUCGUCACCCAAUUCUUAUUACCAAACCCCUCCUUAUAUAUUUGUCCCAGUUUUGAAGUCUAAAAGCAAAAUCUCAUCUUUCAAAUGUAAGCAUCACAACCAAACCUUUCUUGGGCUUCACCAGCAUCGUUCCUGAAUCCGUUCCUGUUGCAGAAACUCUCAUGAGAGGACAAAUGGAUAGUGAAAACGAUCAGCUUCACAUUUUCUUCUUCCCUGUCAUGGCUCCAGGCCACACAAUCCCAAUGAUCGACAUGGCCAAACUCUUUGCCAUUAGAGGCUGCAAGUCCACCCUCAUCACCACCCCCCAUGACGAGCCCACCUUCUUGAAAUCCAUUGCAAAAACCAAGGAUUCGGGCUUCGACAUUAAUGUCGUCACAGUGACAUUGCCCUUGAAAGAGGUCGGCUUGCCAGAAGACUGUGACUCUCUGAACAAGGUCACUACAGUGGAAAUGCGCAAGCAAUUCAGGAGAGCUAUCAUGAUGCUGGACCAACAGCUCGAGCUGCUAAUAGAGAAACGCCCUGAUUGUCUAAUCUCAGACACGUUCCUCCCCUGGACAACCGAGAUAGCGGCCAAGUACAAAAUCCCUAGGCUCGCUUUCAAUGGGACAAGUGCUUUUUCCGUUGCGGGCACAGAAUGUGUGAGGCUCUAUGAGCCUCACAAGAAGGUGUCAUGCGAUUCAGAGCCCUUCAUCAUCCCCAACUUCCCUGGAGAAAUCACAAUGUCCAGGAUGCAGUUGCCAGAUUUAUUCAGGGAAGAGACUGACUUCACCAAGUUCUACAACGAGGUGAAGGAAUCGGAGAAGAGGAGCUUUGGAGUCGUCAUGAACAGCUUCUAUGAGCUUGAGCCUGCUUAUGCUGACCAUUACAGGACAUUCCUAGGGAGACGAUCCUGGUUCGUCGGCCCGCUCUCAUUGUGCAAUAAGGAGACUGAGGACAAGGCACACAGGGGCAACCAAGCAUCCAUUGACCAGCACGAGUGCCUUGAGUGGCUUGACUCAAAGCAACCCAACUCAGUGAUCUACAUUUGCUUCGGAAGCAUGGCAAAUUUCAAUGCUGCUCAGCUCCAUGAGAUCGCAGUCGGACUAGAAGCAUCAGGUCAACAAUUCAUCUGGGUUGUGAAGAAGGACCCGAAUGUGGAAGAAGGUAAAGAAGAGUGGUUGCCUGAUGGGUUUGAAUCAAGAAUCCAAAAUAAUGGCCUCAUCAUCAGGGGCUGGGCUCCUCAGGUGCUGAUUCUUGAUCAUGAGGCGAUUGGGGGUUUCGUGACACAUUGUGGGUGGAACUCGACCCUGGAGGCAGUCACGGCCGGUGUGCCAAUGGUGACUUGGCCAGUCGCAGCAGAGCAAUUCUUCAACGAGAAGUUCGUGACCCAGGUGCUCAAGAUUGGGGUCAACAUAGGGGUGAAGCAGUGGGUGAGGUUGUUCGGGGACAGCGUGAAGAGUGAGAGAGUGGAGGAGGCAGUGAAGAGAGUCCUGGUGCGUGAGGAAGCAGAGGAAAUGAGAAGGAAGGUGAAAGCACUUGCAGAGAUGGCAAAAGGGGCUGUGGAAGAAGGUGGGUCUUCUUGGUCGGAUUUGGGAGCUUUGCUUCAAGAGCUCAGACUGCAGAGAUCGGCUCACAACAAGAUCUGAUUGAUGACCUGAAGCAAUCAAUCUUGAAAAUUUGGUUCUGGAGAAUAAAACUGAAGAAAUAGAAAUCUUCCAAUCUCAGAUUCUGUUGUGGUUUAACCUUAGAAAAAAAUACUGGAAUCGUUGUUUCUUUUCAUGGAAUUUAUUCUAGGAGUUGUGAUCAUUCCAUGUGGAGGAUGUGAGUUCAUUUCUUUUCAGGUAAUAGGAAAAGUAUACAUGAUCUUGAGUUC